UGUCACACUAUUUCCAAGAACCCAGCCAAUUUUUUGAAGAAAAAAAAAUCACAAAACAUAAAAUCAGAAUCGUCGGAAAUCAGUGAACCCUCGUGGGGCGAAAUAUUUCCGCUUGUAAUCCCCAGAAUCUGCUAAAAGUUCGAGUUUUCUCUGUCUUUCUCUCAUUUCUCAGUGUAUAUAAGGAAGCAUGACGGUGGGGAGCAUGGUGGAAGUGGAUGUGAGCUCAGAUGAGGAAUCAGACAUUAGCGAAUCUGAAAUUGAAGAAUACGAAACAAAAAUCUACGAAAAACUCAAGGGCGGAAAGCCUGUGGUGAAAGUCUCACCUCAGGAUUUCGUCUGUCCUUACUGUCCAAAAAAGAAGAAGUCGAGUUAUCAGUACAAGGAUCUCCUUCAGCAUGCUUCUGGAGUCGGUAAUAGCAACUCCGAGAAAAGAAGUGUCAAGGAGAAGGCGAGCCAUCUUGCUCUUGCAAAAUACCUCGGGAAGGAUCUUGCAGAUUCCACAACCCCAUCUACGGCCGUGAAAAGCUCCGAUCCUCUUCAGGGAUGUGACCAUUACGAGAAACUCGUCAGUCCUUGGAAAGGCAUUGUGGUUAAUAUCCCGAUUACAAAGACAGAAGAUGGUCGGUCUACUGGGGAAAGUGGAUCGAAACUGAGGGAUGAAUAUAUUCAAAGAGGAUACAAUCCAGUUAGGGUUCGUCCUUUAUGGAACUACAUGGGCCAUUCAGGAACCGCAAUCGUUGAAUUUAACAAAGAGUGGACUGGACUUCACAAUGCUUUGUUGUUUGAAAAGGAAUAUCAAGCAGAUGGUCAUGGGAAAAAGGAUUGGUUGAAAAACGGUCCAAAAUCUGGCCUAUAUGCAUGGCUUGCCCGUGCUGAUGAUUAUAAUGCGAAAAACAUUAUCGGAGAACACUUACGAAAGAUUGGUGACCUCAAAACUAUCUCCGGUCUAAUGGAAGAAGAGGCCAGGAAACAGCAAAUGCUUGUACAGAAUCUGACACAAAUGGUUGAGGAUAAAAACAGACACAUGAAGGAGAUAAAGGAAAAAUGUUCGAGUGCUUCUCUAGAGCUUAAGGAAGUGAUAGAAAAGAAGGAAAAACUUCUUCAAGGUUACAAUGAAGAGCUGAAGAAAACGCAACAAAUACAAAUGGAUCAUUUCUAUAGGAUCUUUGGUGAUCAUGAAAAACAAAAGAUUCUGCUGGAGACUCUGAGGCAAGAGCUUGAAUGGAGAGGAUUGGAGUUGGAACAACGUGAGGCGCACAAUGAAAUAGAGAGAAAAAAGUUGGCAGAAGAGCUCGAAGAGAAUGCCAUUAAAAAUAGUUCUCUUCAACUAGCUGCCAUGGAACAACAGAAGGCCGACGAGGAAGUGAGAAAAUUGGCUGAAGAGCAACAGAGCCUAAAGAAGAAGCUUCAUGAGAAAACAAUUGAACUAGAAAGACAACUAGACCAGAAACAGGCACUUGAGCUGGAGAUUGAACAACUCAAUGGACAGUUGAAGGUUAUGAAGCACAUGGGAUCCGACGAUGACGUUGAAGUUGUGAAGAAGGUUGAGACAAUGGUGAGCGAUCUAAGUGAGAAGGAAAGAGAACUUGCAGACUUGGACAAAUUUCACCAAUCUCUGAUUGUAAGAGAGAGGAAGAUCAAUGAUGAGCUUCAAGAUGCUCGCAAGGAAUUGAUAAGUAUUCUAAAAGACAUGAAUUCAUAUAUCGGCAUUAAAAGAAUGGGGGAGCUCGACAACCAACCGUUCCUGGAAGCAAUGAAAAGAAAAUAUAAUGAAGAAGAAGUAGAAUACAAAACAGUUGAAGUUUAUCAGCUCUGGGAGGAAUAUCUUAAAGACCCAGAUUGGCAUCCUUUCAAGCGGAUUAAGGUGGAUAACGGGGACAGAGAAAUGGAAGUGAUAAAUGAUGACGAUGAGAGGCUGAAAGAUCUGAAGAAAGAACUGGGCGAAGGCCCGUACAAGGCGGUUACAUCGGCUCUGUUGGAGAUAAACGAGUAUAACCCGAGCGGAAGAUACAUAACCUCGGAGCUGUGGAACUUGAGAGAAGGCAGGAAGGCUCUUUUGCAAGAGGCUGUCACUUGUCUUCUUGAACUGUACGAUAAGGCAAAACGCAAGCGAGGGAUGGCUUGAGUUCUUAAAGGUUAUCAUAUCUUAUCGCCUUAUCCGGCCAUUACACUAAUAAUCGUGGAAAACGCUAGUUCCUUCCACGUUUUGCCCCGUCUAAGAUCGGUUUUUCACCGUUGUGGGAGACUGGAAAAUGCAGAAGCUGGUCUUAGUAACAACAACUACUGUUGUCUAAAACUAGCAAGAAGUUAUUUAUGUUUGAUGAACUUUGGUCUGACUUUAGUGAUUAUGAAUGGAUCGACUGUAAAUGAUUGAAGCUUUA